CAAAGCGGCAGCAGAAACGUCGAGCGGAGCUGGGGCCCCGGCGCCUAACGCUGCGGCGCAAACGGGUCAGCAAGAGGCUGACUUAUGGGGCUCAGAUAAUGCCCUCGGCCAGCCUGGAAGCAGCCAUGCGCCGGGCGUGGCAGCCUUCGCUGCGGCAACGCACUCUCAUCUCGGCCCUGAGCAUCUUCAAGAAGGGCAAGGCGGGCGCCACGUGUCACACCGGCGCCGCCUGGCAAUCAGCAGAUGCAGCCGCUGCGGCGCCAGCAGGGCCAGAGAUAGCCGGUACCGGUGCCGCCACCACGCGCCGCCAGCAGGGCGGCGGAAUGGGUCGUGGCGUCGCAGAUGCACAUGCGGGUGCCGGUGCCGGCACAGGUGCAGCCGUAACCGCAGGGAUGGCGGGCGGCUACUUGACCGGUACGACACUGCCAGUACGCCUGGCGGUGGCUGCUGGCGCUGCCGGCAGCCGCAGCGGAGCGGCCGCGCAGCCAAGCGCUGCUGCUGCGGCGCAGCCACCGCCAGCGGCGGCGGCAGCACAGCCGCUACCGGUUCGGCGGCAACAGCCGCAGCCGCCACAGCUGCCGCCGCAGCAGCCCGCAGGGAGAGGGAAACUAGACGCGGACUCAGAUCCUGAUGGCAACGGUUCUCAGCCGCCCGAGGCGCCGCCCGAGCUGCAGCCACAGCAAGCCACCGCCGCCGCAGCUGCUGCCGCGACAGCAGCGGCCGCUGCCGCCGCCUGCUUCGCUGCAGGCCCUGACUUUGGAACGUCCCGCCCCGGCGCCAUCCCAGGGAGUGGCUUGCUCGCAGCCAGUGGUGCAGCCGGCGGCGGCGGCAGUGGCGGCGGCGGCGGCGGCGCCGGUGGCGGCCCCGCUCCCACUAAUGCCCGCAGCCCCGCCGGCAGCAGCAGGCCAGACCCGCUGCGAGCUCUCACGGCCCAGCUGCGCCGCCGUGUGGCGGACAUGGUGGCGGAGGACGUGGGCGUCAGCCUGCAGCACCCCCAACACCAGAAGCAACAGCAACAGCCAGAGCAGGGCCAACAGCAGCCGUCGCAGCAGCAACCGGCGGCGCCACUGCCAGAGCAGCAAUCUCCGACGCAAGCGCCGCUGCCAUCGUCACAUGAUUGUGGCCGAGCACCAGCGCCGGCCCCUGCAGACGGGCCAGGCCAGGCAGGCACCGGGCGAGCGGACAGGAGAGCCGGCCCUGCCGCCGCCGCAGCCGCCCAAACCGCCGCCGCCGCCUCCGAGGCGGGGUCUCAGCUGCUGAGCGGGUCCGCCAUGGCAGCUGUGUCCACCACCACGGGUAGCGCCGGCCUGGCGCGGUCGGUGUCCACAUCGCAUGAGCUGUCGGGACUCACGGCCGUAGCAGCAGGCGCUGCCCGCGGCGGCGGCGGCGGCGGCGGCGGCGGCCUGGGCUGGGGUGAAGGUGGCGGUGGAGGUGGAGGCUAUGUUGGCCGAGCGAUCGGCGCCGGCGGAAAGGCAACCUCGCGCCAGCAGCCAGCUCGCGGCCAAAGGCGCAGCAGCCUGCAUGUGCCGCCCGCGGCUCCACAGCCUCAACUGCAGCCGCCGCGGACCUUCGCGGCGCCUGUGCUGUCAGCUUCUGUCAGCCUUGGCUCUGGCGGCUACAGCCGUGAUGCUGCACAGCCGCAGCCGUCCGCAGGGACCGGCCGCCACUGGCAACUCGCGGCAGCCGCCGCAGUAGCAGUAAGUGAGGAGCAGCAGCACGACGGAGGAGGCGUUGGGAAGGCGGACGAGGGGCUGUGUGACGUCGACUUUGAGCUCGGCGCCGGCAUGCACGCUGUGAGCGCCGAAGACCUAGCAUUUCCUGCAACGCGGCGGCAGCACCACCACGUGCAUCACGUGCGCGGCCGCGGGCUGCAAAGCGCCUGUGAGGACCCAGACGCCGAUCAGGAGCCGCAGCAGCAGCGACGCUUGCCGCUUGCAUCGCCACUCGACGACGGUGGCUUGUGGCAUGAGCCCGCUGGCGACGAUGACGACGGGGCGGGCGGGGGCGGAGGCGGUGCUGGCGCCGGUGCGUUGGGCGACGGAGGCAGUAGUGAUGGCGAGGCAGAGCGCGCGCUCUUCGCGUCAUGCAGUGGACGCAAACGGCGACGAACCAGUCUGGGCUCAGGCUCUGCAUUUGCAGGACACCGCGUGGAGGCUCUUGGGAUGGAGAGGACAUCAGACGUGGGGAGCGAUGAGGAUCAGGACUGGCUUGCGCAGCGGGCGUGUCGCCAUCGGCCCGGGACCCACCAGCACCAGCACCAGCAAAAGCAGUCGCAGCAGCUGCUCGGAACCGCGGUGGGGUGGGCGGCCCAUGACGAGAUGGAGGCGGCGGAAGCUCUAGAGCUCCGGCUCUUCGCUGAUAGCUCCGCGGCACGCGAAGGCACGCGCUUGCUCGCCGGCAGCCGCCUAGCCGGCUGUGGGAGCGAUGCGGACGACCCCGGCAGCGAUGAUGAUGAUGGUGGUGGUGGUGAUGAUGAUCUUCAGGCGCUUCUGGGCCGCCCUAGCCAGAACACAGCCGGCCGACCCGGAGGCCUCGACGGCGGAGGCCUCGACGGCCUGGACGGCCUGGACGGAGGCGCCAGUGGCGGCGGUGGCGGCAGGGCGGCGCAGUGGCGCCAAGGCUGGCUGACGCGGCAAGCAGGAGGAGGCGGAGGAGGAGGCGGCGUGCAGGGCCCGCAACUCGGGGAUGAGGACGGGGAUGGAGUUGGGGAUGGGGAGCUGGACACCUUGUUUGGCACCUGGGCGGAGCACUCGUGAAGCGGGGAGGCGGUGCUGCAGGCGCGUGGCCGCGUGCGCGCACCUCUCCCCGCCUGGGCCGAGGGGCUGAGGGCUCGGAGGCAAGGUGCUAGCCGGAGCAGCUUCGCACGGGUGGGCGGGGGCGGGGGCGGUGGCGACGACGAGGCAGACGGGGUUGACGCCUGCUGCAUGGUCACUGACCCCUGGUGUGAACCUGCACUCCUGGCGUAUUCCGUUUCCGCAAUUCGCAGGCUAAGAUUGCACCAGAUACAUCCAGUAUUGUUA